AUGAGAAGAUUUCAUACCUUACCGAAGAUACCGAAUAUACCAGAAUCGAAACAUCGACGACAAAAAAUCGAUGAUUUAGUGACAAAUUUUAAUCCUUGUAAAAUUACACAACUUUGUCAAAAUGGUGGUACAUGCGUAUCAAAAAAAGGAGCCUAUUAUUGUCAAUGCCUUCCAACUCAUUACGGGAAAACAUGCGAAUUUUUGGCUGAUCAAACAAGUUGCGAAAAGAAUUUAUGUCAAAAUGAUGCAACAUGUUAUAGUAUUCAACAAAAGCGCCAAAUCGUGACUACUAUGGAAGAAAGCAAUGAUACGAGAAAUUUUUCCGAUACAAAAGUAAUGCAAUGGGUUCAAUAUGAAUGCUGGUGUCGACAAGGUUUCACAGGUUCAUUAUGCGAAUAUUCUGAAGAAUUGCGUAAAUGUGAGCAAGAUUAUUGUCUACAUAAAGGAAUUGGCAAAUUUAUGAAUAUGACAGAUGGUACCAUGGAAUGUGAUUGUCAGUGUCAAGAACAUUAUACUGGAAAAAGAUGCGAAAUUGUGUUACCAUGUAAAGAUUACACUUGUUUUAACGGUGGUAUUUGUAUAAACGAGUUAAUGCUUAAUAAUAGUGAUGGAGAAUUGAUCUAUAAGGCCAGAUGCAAUUGUCCGCCACGUAAUGUUUACGGAGUAGCUACUAGCUUUGAAGGUGAACAAUGUGAACGAUUGACGGUUGUUGAUAAUGAACGAAUUUAUGACGAGUGUUUUCCAUGUCGGAAGAAUGCGAAAAAUUAUGCAACUGAUUGCUUGGACGAGUAUACUCAGAAUACAACAUUGCAAUAUAUGAAUGAAAUUCUUAAGUCUUGCGGUAAGCUAUGCGAAUCUGCAGCACGAUUUUGCCUUAACGGAGGUUUAUGCGAUGUCGAAGGACAUCUUGGUGACGAUAAUACAACAUCUUAUAUAAUUCCUGUUUGUCAAUGUGUUGGUUUAGAUGAAGGGAUUCUGUGUGAAAGACAUGUAAAUUCGCCAUGUGAUGCAACUACGUAUGACCCACGUACGCCUGAAGAAAAAUGUGGCGAACAUGGUACUUGUGUUGGCAAAACGUUGUACGAUUAUGUAUGCGACUGUUAUGAUGGCUGGACCGGAGAAAAGUGUGACAUCGAAGAACCAUGCUAUAAUCAUGCCUGUUCACCUGGUAGUUUAUGUGUUUCGGUACCGAUCGAACGGCGUGAGAAAUAUUCCCUGGGAUAUACCUGCUUAUGUGAGAUAAAUCAGGAUCCCGAUUUCACUGGAUCCAACAACACGGUCAAGUGUAUAAAAACUGAUUUUGGCGUAUGUACCAAUCAUAUGUGCAAGAAUGACGGUCUUUGUUAUCCCUGCGAAACAUCCGAUCUGAACAAUUUACAACUUUGCUCCGACGAAGAAAAACGUCGUGGAUUCAGGUGUCUAUGUCCACAUGGUUUAUUGCCCCCAUUUUGUGACAAAGAGGCAAAUGCAUGUGAUCAAAACAAAUGUCAGAAUGGAGCAGAAUGCGCUGUCGAUCAAGCAAACGAAUUUAAUUAUAUAUGUCGCUGCCGUCUUGGUUUUAGUGGUACAUUUUGCGAACAACAGUUAUCUCCAUGUAUAAUACAAGGUUUACAAACUUGCAUGAUGGGUACUUGUAUACAAGACACUAGUUUUGUGCGCGGUUUUCGGUGCGAAUGCAUUGACGGUUACGAGGGUGUCAAUUGCGAUUCACCAAGCAGAACUGAUAUUGUGGGCUUCAUUCGUAGAAAUUAUUGGUGGACAUAUCCGUUAAUUGUUGGACUAAUCCUUACACCAGUGGUUAUUAUUCUUAUUAUUUUAUCGGAAGAUCGUGCUAAGCGAGAGUACGAGUACAAAAUAGCCGAGAAACAGUAUCUGGAAGAGGCUAAAAAACGGCAGGAAAAGAUAAGUGAAGGAACAUCAAGUUUGGUAACUGCAAAAACGCAAACGAUAACUAGUGCAACCCAGAAGAGUAGCAAGAGCACCGAUAGACGAUAUAUUAGUCCCAGAUCAGAAAUAAUCAGAGCAACUCAAAUGGAAACAUCUGUAAACAUGACGGGCAAAAAUGCAAAACUAGCAGCGAGUGGUUUCGAUCCACCGACCUCUGGGUUAUGGGCCCAGCACGCUUCCACUGCGCCACGCUGCUGCCUGAUCUCAACAGUAUUACUCCUCUACUUAGCAACUUGA